AUGUCGUCAAGGAUCUUGGCAAUACGAACAAAGAUGCUUCAACUCUCUAUGAGAAGGUGUGUGGAAACUCUGUCAACGGAGAAUCAGUUUCGAAGUCGAACUCACAGGGCGAAAAAGUCCAGGUGUCAUCUGUGGUAG